AUGCCCUCAAUCCUCAGCGAUGCCGACAAGGAAACUGUCAAGCGCCACGUCCCCAAGCCCGCUAACAAGAUCCUUGCCGUGGGUGUCGCGCGACUUUACGUUGCCUAUCCCGAUGUGCAGAAAUGGACGUAUACCGGAGUCCAAGGAGCUGCAGUCCUUUGCAAUGACCUCGUAGGCCGGACUUUCUGGCUCAAAAUGGUUGAUGUCUCGCCUGCUGGCAGAGGCGUGAUCUGGGACCAGGAAAUCUAUGACAACUUUGCUUACAAUCAGGACCGAACUUUCUUCCAUACUUUCGAGCUCGAAGACUGCCCUGCCGGCCUGUCCUUUGUUGAUGAGAAGGAGGCCAAGACCUUCAUCAAGAAGAUGCAGGAGCGCGAGAAACAUGCAAGCAAAGAGACCAGCAAGACUCCUUUCGCAUCUACUCGAGGUCAGGGUCCUGCGCCUGUCAGCAAUGGAAAAAUAGGUCGAUCUUUGUUCGGUAGCUUGUUGCACCGUUCGAGCCCAGCCCCAAGUUCGCCAGCGCCAGCGCCAGCGCCGUCGAUACAGGUUGCGCCGCCACCCCCGAUACUAUCUCCAAUUGCACCGCCAUCUAAACCGGACCUGCCAUUCGAUACCAGUGAUCCGUCUUGGAAGGGGCUGCUGGAUGAGCUGAAGGGCAUGGGAAUCACCGAAGACCAAAUCGCCGAGAACUCCGAAUUUAUCAAAGCUUAUAUUGACCAGAAACAGGCGGCAGCCGCCGAGGCUGCUCCUGUUGAAGAUUUGAAUAAGCCAAAGGCUGCUCCUCCUCCUCCGCCACCGCCUGCCCCCAAGGUGAACUCAAUCAGCCCCCAGGACACAGGAUCAAGCACGGCAAGCCGACGAGGCCCUCCACCGCCGCCCCCGUCACGGAAAACGCGCUCCGAAGCACCAGAAGAACCGGUAUCAACUCCUCCCCGUGAACCAUCUCCGCCUGCCCGAAGAUUCAAUGCGCCGCCUCCGCUUGCAGAUGCCGGCAAAUUCGCCGAACCUGCUGGCCCUGUGCCCCCGCGACGCCCGCGUGCAGUUUCCAAUGUCAAUGCCGGGCCUCCGCCGCCGCCUCGACCACCCAAGACACCUAUGGAAGACAGUCAGCCCAAUUCAUCCCGCUUCGGGGUACCACCGCCUUUCUCUGGUGAUCGCAAGGUGUCUGCGCCGCCGGCACCCCCAAGCCGCAGCCCUGUGCCUGGUGGGCCUCCGCCUCCGCCGCCUCGCACAGCAAGCCCGGCAGCACCACCUCAACUGCCCCCUAAGCUCCCCCCUAUGAAUUCUUCAAACGGACCUCCUCCUCCCCCUGCCAGGAACCCGCUCCCUCCACCACCUCCGCCUCCCCCAGUGCCCUCGGCUCGGCCCGUACCAGCUGCACCCUAUACCCCUCCAGCUGCUCCUCCACCACCUCCGCGGGGGACGAUCUCACCUCCCCCUGUUCCACCCACAUCUUCGCCCAGUCUUCCCCCACUACCGCCGCCUCCACCGCCUGGUGCCUCAGCACAAAGUGGCCUUCCGCCACCGCCGCCUCCUCCGGGCCGUGGCCCAUCAAUGCCACCCCCUCCUCCGGCGCCCGGUGCGAGGGCACCAGGAGGACCACCCCCGCCUCCUCCUCCACCUGGUGCAGGGGCGAGUGGCGCCCCUCCCCCCUCCUCCCCCGCCUGGUGGUGCUGCGCCUCCCUUGCCCAAGCCCACUGGUGGACACGACAGCCUUCUGGCAUCCAUUCGAGCCUCCGGUGGUCAUGGAGGCGGUGGACUUCGUAA